AUGGAUGAUUCCGCGCCGCGACCGCGCGUGAACGGUGAAGCGCUGGUGAACUUUAUCGGGAAGACGGUGCUCGUCGUGGGCGAAGUGACGCCGAGAGACGCGAACUCGGCGACGGUGAAGACGGCGGACGAUAAGAUGAUUACCGUGAAUCUUGCGGGCGCCGGGGCGUUCGGUUCGAAGUACGUUGAGUUUGAAGCCACGGUGGACGGCGCGGAUUGCGUCACUGAGUGCUCUCGCGUGGAGUUCGGCGACGAUUUCGACCAGUACUCGUACGGCGAGUUGUGCAAGCUCAUCAACGGCAAGAGCAAGGAACUGUUUUAUUGA